GACAACGUCAAAAGAUAGAUAAAACCAUGUUUCUUCCUUGAAAUUAAUUCCUAAUAUACCUGAAAAGGUAAGGGAAAAGAAAAUGUCCGACUCACGCCUCGCCAGCUUCCCAACAGCCCCCUACUCCGAACCUCUCCUCCCCCAACUCGACAUCCCAAACCCCUACUACACCGAAACACACCACGCGCUGCGCGCCCACGUCCGGUCCUAUAUCGAAACACACAUCGCGCCGUACGCACAGGAAUGGGAGAAAGCAGGAGAGAUUCCGCCCGAGGUGGUGAAGCGGCAUUGCGCCUACGGAUUUGCGAUUGUGCACCCGCUGACGUCACUCGCGGAUCGCGCAAACUUGCCAUUGCCCGGGAAUGUGCCGCCUGAGAAGUGGGAUACAUGGUGCUCGCUGAUUGUCUCGGAUGAGUUUAAUCGCGUUGGCUUUGUUGGUGUUAUCUGGGGUCUUGGUGGGGGAAAUGGGAUUGGGUGUCCCCCUAUCGCGCGGUUUGGGACGCCUGAGCAGAGGACGCGGUGGUUACCGCGAGUUGCGACGGGCGAGAUAAGAUUCUGCUUGGGAAUUACGGAGCCAGAUGCUGGGUCUGAUGUUGCGAAUAUCCGAACUACUGCGGCGCGUCAAGGUGACCACUACAUCGUCAACGGGUCGAAGAAGUGGAUCACGAACGGCAUUUGGGCAGAUUAUUGUACUGCUGCUGUCAGAACCGGUGGAUCAGGGAGAGGGGGGAUCAGUUUGCUCGUUGUUCCCUUGACUGCAAAGGGAGUAACGAGGAGGAGGAUGCAUAACUCUGGCGUCAAUGCCAGUGGCUCUACGUUCAUUGAAUUCGACGAAGUCCGCGUCCCAGUGGACCACCGCAUCGGAGAAGAGAACCAGGGUUUCGCCCUGAUCAUGUCAAACUUCAACCCCGAACGACUCUCCCUGGCCUGCGCAUCCCUCCGUCUGGCUCGAGUUUGUGCUGAGGAUGCGUUCAACUACGCCAUUCAGCGUGAAACAUUCGGUUCCCCCCUCAUUCAGAAACAAGCAAUUCAAGCCAAGAUCUUCAAAUUCGGACUCUUGAUCGAGCCUGCGUAUGCCUUCAUGGAGCAGCUCGUGAACAUCAUUGAGAAAACCAAGGAUCGACCAACGGACGACGUUCGCAUCGGUGGUAUGACGGCAAUGUUAAAGGUGAUGUCAACUAGGGCUUUAGAAAAGAGUGUCCGUGAAGCACAGCAGAUUUUCGGUGGUGCGGGCUACAACAAGGCUGGUAAAGGAGCCAGGAUUGAACAGAUCAGUCGUGAUGCGAGGGUCCACGUCGUCGGUGGAGGCAGUGAGGAAAUCAUGCAGGGACUGGCGCUGCGGGAGGAGACGAAGGCUUUGAGGACGAGAAGGAAGGCAUUAGAGCGAAAGGCCAACCUGUAAAGUAUAUAUUCAAUAAAAUAAUUCUGCCUUGGUUCCUCCAGUCAGAGCGAUGCGAGUCGCUCUUUCCCAAAGGCUCUGUUUCUGUCCUCCAUCCCAGACUCACUGAAGGCCAACUGGCAUAAUACAACAAUGUCUGC